GGCUUCCCUCCGGGUCCGGCCGUCGAGCGGACGGGCGCGCGACUCGCGGACUAGCGGGCGGGAGCGGGUGUUGAGAGACGGCUGGAGCCAUGGCGGAGUCGGCGCCCGCUCGGCACAGGAGAAAAAGGCGCUCCACACCUUUGGCCUCCUCCAUGCCUCCUUCUCAAACGGGAGACAAAAGCCCUUAUUUUCAGACCGCAGAGAUCUCUCUCUGGACUGUGGUGGCUGCUCUUCAGGCUGUGGAGAAGAAAAUGGAGUCCCAGGCUGCUCGGCUACAGAACCUGGAGGGACGCACGGGGACAGCUGAGAAGAAGCUGGCCGACUGCGAGAAGAACACUGUGGAGCUGGGCAACCAGCUGGAGGGCAAGUGGGCUGUGCUGGGGACCCUGCUGCAGGAGUACGGGCUGCUGCAGCAGCGCCUGGAGAACAUGGAGAACCUGCUGCGAAACAGAAACUUCUGGGUCCUGCGCCUGCCCCCAGGCAGCAAGGGCGAGGCCCCCAAGGUGUCCAAGUCUCUUGAGAACGAUGGUGUCUGCUUCUCUGAGCAGGAGUGGGAGAACCUGGAGGACUGGCAGAAGGAGCUCUACAGAAAUGUGAUGCAGAGCAACUACGAGACGCUGGUCUCUCUCAAGGUCCUUGGUCAGCCAGAAGAAGAAGAAGCAGAGUUGGGUACAGAGAUGCUGGGUGACUUGGAGGAAGAAGGCUCCCAUGGUGCCCACCUGGUGGAUGGGGCCAUGGGCAAGCAGGAGGCGCUGUACAAGCAGGAGGGCCUGGCAAGUCUUCCUAGCAGAUUCGCUGGUGCUGCUGAAGAGCAGGCUUUCCUGAGUUCAGAGCAGGCUGAGCUCUGGGAUGAUCAGGAUGGUUCUGUCCUCUUAGAAUCAGGCCCCGGGGACUCUAACCUGGAAGAGCCCACUGAGGACAGCAGAGACCCUGUCAGUGGCAGAACUCUGGACUGCCCCCAGAAGCAGAAAUCCCACAGGCAGGGACUCUUGGGUCAGGAAUGUGAACAGGUCCCGAAGCUGAAAAGAGACACUUCUGGCCCCUAUGAGUGUUCUGAGUGUGAGAUCAGCUUCCGCUAUAAGCACCAGCUGGUCACACAUCUUCAGAGCCACUCAGGAUGGGAGCCUCACCCUACCACAGAGCCAGAGGAGAGCCAGAGGCCCCGGCCCCGGCCACGGCUGAAACCACAGGCUAGGAAGACAAAGCUGCAUCAGUGUGAUGUGUGCCAGAGGAGCUUCAGCUGUAAGCUGAGCCUCAUGACCCACCAGCGCUGCCACUUGCAGGAAGGGCCCAGCGCCGGCCCGCAUGUCCAGGAAAGAUUCUCACCUAACAGCCUUGUUGCGCUGCCGGGCCAUAUCCCCUGGAGGAAAAGCCGGAGCUCCCUCAUCUGUGGGUACUGUGGGAAGAGCUUCAGCCACCCAUCUGACCUGGUCCGGCACCAACGCAUCCACACGGGCGAGCGGCCCUACAGCUGCUCUGAGUGCGAGAAGAGCUUUGUGCAGAAGCAACACCUCCUGCAGCAUCAGAAAAUCCACCAGCGGGAACGGGGAGGGCCAGCCCCAGAGCCAGGAAGACCUAAUGGCUUACUUUAGGGGUGCAGCCCCUCGCCGUCGGGGGCGGAGAGGGGUGGCAUUGAUCUCCCCGAAGAGACACUGUGUGGUGUCAGGGACUGACUGCAUCCUGAGGGGAACGGCCUCUGAGUUGCCUUCCCUUGACCAAGUUUGGGGCCAAGCCCCAAGGCCGUCCUGAGACACGGGAGUGGAGCGGGACUGGGGUCUCAGCUCAGUCUCCCUACAGCUGGGUUUGCUAUCUCUGGCCCCUUCAGGUGUCUAGUUUCCUCAUCCUUCUCAUACUCAGGGGCUAGGGUUGGCAUUCUGGCCCCUCAGGGACUGGUGACCAGUUCUAGGGCUUCUCCCAGAAAUUUCCAUCUUCCCGCAGCUGAGGAAGGGCGCAGCAGUGAGCUGGUGUGUGGAAAAGUUGUGGGUGAUGUGACCCUCCACUUCCUUUUUUGUAGUUUCUUUGUUGUUAAUAGGUAGAAAUAAUUUAAAUUAACUGCUUUAUCCUGCUUUGAAGACCCUUUUUUUGUAGUUAGAUUCUUAAUGAUUUUAAAACUAUAUAGCCCAACACUUUUAAAAAAUUUUUAUUUCAAGAGUUGAAGUUUUUCCUAAUAUAGGAAUUGGGCCUACCCUCUAGGAGGGAAUCGUUCAUGGGGCUCUUUUAGCCCACCCACACUUUGGCUAGAGAACUGGGCUUCCCCGGGAUGGUGGUCACUGCUCAGAAGGACCAAGAGCAAGAGGGCAUGGGAGACCCUGAACUCCCUGGUAGAAUGCAAACUACACGGGAGCCAGGGGCCAGUGGUGGGGAUUGCAGGCUUUCCCCAGGACUUUUCCCCCACCCUGCCCUGGCUCUGUGCACCUGCUGGGUUAGACACUGCUAUUUGAGUUUGUUCCUUUUGUGAGUUGUCACUUGAGGUUGUUCAGAGUACACGUUCCCAAUUCUGUCCCAGAGGUGAUGGACAAAAGUGCAGUGCUGCCUCACACGUGUGGAGUAUUUGCCCAAUGGGCAUGGCUCCUGGGUCUUACGUAAAUGUCUUCUUGGAUGAUUUACAGUUGCCUAGAAUAAAACCUGCUUUCAGCAAAAGAAAAAAAAAGACUGAUGUCAGAUGUUUUCUCCAUUUGUCAAGAACACUAACACUCCUGGGGCCAAAGGGUUGGGGUGUAGGACAGACAAGAAGAGGAUAUGAACAAACAUACCUGGAGGACCAUUGCACAGCAGUGGAGAGCUGACCACUUGGGUGUUGGUUAUUGGGAGGGAGACAGAGUACCAUGUAAAGAAAGGCAAA